UUAGGAACCGAAGACUUCACUCAUCCCUACACUAAAGCCGAGCCCCAGACCAGUGCAACGAGAAGUCAAUUCCUGGCCGACGAAGUGACCAGCAGCUAUCACCCGCGCUUCAAGACGUUGGCCGAGAAUAUCCGUAACCGUCGCGGAAGGAAAGUCAUUAUAAAUGUUCCCAUUUUUAAAGACACCAAAACGAAGGACCCAUUCGUCGAGCGAUUCAAUGAUGAAGAGUCUGAUUCGGCCGCAAAGACUGACCACAUCUAUAUGGACGCCAUGGGCUUCGGGAUGGGGUGCUGUUGCCUUCAGGUGACAUUCCAGGCCUCCAACGUAGGAGAGGCCCGUAUUCUGUACGACCAGUUGACACCUCUCUGUCCCAUCGCAAUGGCGUUGAGCGCCGCCUCACCCAUACAUCGGGGCUAUCUGUUGGACCGGGACUGUCGGUGGGCUAUCAUCUCGGCCUCAGUGGAUGACCGCACGAAGGAAGAGCUGGGAGAAGAGCCGCUCAAUCACCACGCCUUCCGCAUCUCAAAGUCCAGAUACGACUCCAUUGACUCGUAUUUAUGCGAAUCCAGUGACAGAUAUAACGACAUUCUGUUGACGUAUCACAAGGGAUACUACGACCAGAUGCUGGCCGCGGGUGUCGACCCAAUGCUCGCCAAACACAUCGCCCACCUCUUCAUCAGAGACCCGAUUGUCGUCUAUCGCGAGAAACUCGAGCAGAACGACGAGAUGGAAACGGAUCACUUCGAAGUGAUU